AGUGACGUAAUUGGAGGAAAGUCAAAGUUCUUAUUGAUGUAUAGUAUAACGGAGUAUCUUAAUGAGGUGAACAAAACGGACUUUUUGACUUCUCAACAAUGGCCUAUAAAUACUCCGUUUCAGCCUCAAAGUGUUCUGCCACAUAACCACGUUGAAUUAAACAUGGUAGCCGUUCUGAAGAGGCAGAGAGAAAAGGAAUCACAGGAGGAGUUCCAGUGCAAGACGUGUAACCGCAAAUUCUCGUCGUUCCAAGCGUUGGGAGGUCACCGGGCCAGCCACAAGAAGCCCAAGUUGGAGGGAGAAGAAGGCAAGGAUCUGAGUCUAAGCCGGAAGCCCAAAACGCACGAGUGUUCCAUUUGCGGGCAGGGAUUCUCGUUGGGCCAGGCCCUGGGAGGGCACAUGAGAAAACACAGGGUAGGCACGAACGAAGGGUUUUCUUCAGUUAUUGCGGAAGCACCGCUUCUGAAACGUUGGAAUAGCAGCAAGAGGGUUAUGUGCUUGGAGUUGGAUCUCAACCUAACGCCGUUGGAAAAUGACUUGAAGUUGUUGUUCGGAAACAAGGCUCCUACGGUGCAUCUUUCCUUGUAGAUUUUUCUCAUUCUUUUCAUUAUUUUUUGUACAAAUUUUCCUUAUUCACUGAUUGAAUUCGGCUGUGUGCUGCUUCUGUGAGAUGAUCCGGAAUUCUCACGCUGGAUUUCUGUUUCGCUUUCUGAGGAAGAACCCCGUGAAAUAGAUAAAUUCACGUUGCGUUUUCUUUUGAUGUUGCUUAACGUGGAUCAAUACUGUAACGUUAGAAACGUAAAUUUUUCAUUUUAAAUUUUUUGUAUCAUAUCAAUAGACCAGUUACUUGUAAGAA